AUGACUGGCGAGAGAUUAAUUGCUAACUGUUUUGUCACAGAGCGUGCCGACUGGCCCCAGGAGAAGCUCUUGGAGUACUUCAAGAACGACACCCUCGCCCUUAUCGGCUACGGCUCCCAGGGCCACGGCCAGGGUCUUAACCUCCGUGACAACGGCCUCAACGUCAUCGUUGGUGUCCGCAAGAACGGUCAGUCCUGGAAGGACGCCCAGCAGGAUGGCUGGGUUCCCGGCAAGAACCUGUUCGAUGUCGAUGAGGCCAUCUCCCGCGGUACCAUCGUCAUGAACCUGCUCUCCGACGCCGCUCAGAGCGAGACCUGGCCCGCCAUCAAGCCCCAGCUCGUCAAGGGCAAGACCCUCUACUUCUCCCACGGCUUCUCCCCCGUCUUCAAGGACGUCACCAACGUCGACGUCCCCAAGGACAUCGACGUCAUCCUCGUCGCCCCCAAGGGCUCUGGCCGCACUGUCCGCUCCCUCUUCCGUGAGGGUCGUGGCAUCAACUCUUCCUUCGCCGUCUUCCAGGACGUCACUGGCAAGGCCAAGGAGAAGGCCCAGGCCCUCGGUGUCGCCAUCGGCUCCGGCUACCUCUACGAGACCACCUUCGAGAAGGAGGUCUACUCUGACCUCUACGGUGAGCGUGGCUGCCUUAUGGGCGGUAUCCACGGUAUGUUCCUCGCCCAGUACGAGGUUCUCCGUGAGCGUGGCCACUCCCCCAGCGAGGCCUUCAACGAGACCGUUGAGGAGGCUACCCAGUCCCUGUACCCCCUGAUCGGUGCCAACGGCAUGGACUGGAUGUACGAGGCCUGCUCCACCACCGCCCGCCGUGGUGCCAUCGACUGGACUCCCAAGUUCAAGGACGCCCUGAAGCCCGUCUUCAACUCCCUCUACGACGCCGUCAAGGAUGGUUCCGAGACCAGGCGUUCUCUCGAGUACAACGGCCAGAAGGACUACCGCCAGAAGUUCGAGGCUGAGAUGGAGGAGAUCCGCAACCUGGAGAUCUGGAGAGCCGGCAGAGCCGUCCGCUCUCUGCGUCCCGAGAACCAGAAGUAA